ACUUCCUGUUCUGGGCUCUCUGGUAUGCUAAUGCUAACUUGGUGCUACGCUAGCAUCGGUGUUGUGUAGCUAGUUUUCAGUUUACUGCCAUGAAUUCAGCCUGAGCUAUUAUACCCGGUUUAGUCAAACGUCAAGUGGCUGCUUGGACAGCUGGGUGUCUGCCAUGUAUCCCUCUGGUAAAUACAGCUCACGGGGCCCGGCUCUUAUCCCGCGGAUGAAAACCAAGCACCGGAUCUACUACAUCACCCUCUUCUCAGUGGUGCUUCUUGGACUCAUAGCCACCGGGAUGUUUCAGUUCUGGCCUCACUCCAUUGAGUCCACGGCUGACUGGACCCUGGACAAACGCAGUGUCCAUGAUGCACCACUGGUUCGCCUCCCUGUGUCCAGUCCCAUUCCUGAGAGGGGAGACCUCAGCUGUCGUAUGCAUACUUGUUUUGAUGUGUACAGAUGUGGCUACAAUCCUAAAAAUCGAAUCAAGGUUUACAUCUACCCCCUGCAGAGGUUCGUGGAUGAUCUUGGGGUUCCUAUCAGCAGCACAGGACUGUCACGGGAAUACAACGACCUGCUCAGUGCCAUCUCUGACAGUGACUUUUACACUGACGAUGUCACUAGAGCUUGUCUUUUUAUUCCGUCAAUUGAUGUUCUCAAUCAGAACUCACUGCGUAUUAGAGAGACUGCCCAGGCACUUGCAAUGCUACCCAGGUGGGACAAAGGGAUGAAUCAUCUGCUUUUCAACAUGUUACCUGGAGGUCCACCUGACUACAACACUGCACUGGAUGUACCCAGAGACAGAGCGUUGCUUGCCGGUGGUGGUUUUUCCACGUGGACCUACAGACAGGGCUAUGACGUCAGUAUCCCAGUUUACAGCCCUCUUUCAGCUGAUGUUGAACUGCCUGAGAGACAACCUGGGCCGCGGCGCUACUUCAUUCUAUCUUCUCAGACCGCCAUUCACCGAGAGUAUCGAGCUGAGCUGGAGCGUUUGAAAGAAGAAAAUGGAGAAGCACUGCUCCUCCUCGACAAGUGUAGUAACCUUUCUCAGGGAGCUGCUUCUGCUAGAAAACGCUGUUACAAGGGCCAAGUGUACGAUUACCCACAGAUCCUACAGGAGUCUUCAUUCUGUGUGGUUUUGCGAGGAGCGCGAUUGGGUCAAGCAGCCCUCAGUGAUGUCCUACAGGCUGGUUGUGUGCCUGUUAUCCUUGCUGACUCCUACAUAUUACCUUUCUCUGAAGUGCUCGACUGGAAAAGGGCGUCUGUGGUUAUUCCAGAGGAGAAACUCUCAGAAAUGUACACCAUCCUAAAGAGUAUUCCUCACAGACAAGUGGAGGAGAUGCAAAGACAGGCACGCUGGUUCUGGGAGGCUUACUUCAGCUCCAUGAAAGCUAUUGGAUUGACAACACUCCAGAUCAUCAAUGACCGCAUCUACCCUUAUGCUGCACGCACAUAUGAACAGUGGAACAACCCACCUGUAGUGAAGUGGUCUAGUGUCAAUAGUCCCCUGUUCCUGCCACUUAUUCCACCAAGAGCACCUGGAUUCACAGCGGUGGUGCUGACGUAUGAUCGUGUGGAGAGUCUCUUCCGGGUCAUCACAGAAAUCUCCAAAGUGCCCAGUUUGGCCAAACUGUUGGUGGUGUGGAAUAACCAGAAUAAGAGUCCUCCAGAGGAAUCACUCUGGCCAAAAAUCGGCGUCCCUCUAAAAGUUGUACGAACGAAAGAGAACAAGCUGAGCAACCGCUUCUUUCCCUACGACGAGAUUGAGACCGAAGCUGUGUUGGCGAUCGACGAUGACAUUAUCAUGCUGACAUCUGACGAGCUACAGUUUGGCUACGAGGUAUGGAGGGAGUUCCCCGACAGACUGGUGGGUUACCCAGGCCGGCUGCACCUCUGGGACCACGAAAUGGGAAAGUGGAAGUAUGAAUCUGAGUGGACGAACGAGGUCUCCAUGGUUCUGACCGGAGCUGCCUUCUACCACAAGUACUUCAACUAUCUGUACACGUAUAAGAUGCCUGGAGACAUCAAGAACUGGGUGGACGCUCACAUGAACUGUGAAGAUAUUGCCAUGAACUUCCUAGUGGCAAACAUCACCGGCAAAGCCCCCAUAAAGGUGACCCCCAGGAAAAAGUUCAAGUGUCCUGAAUGCACUGCCAUUGAUGGACUGUCGCUGGAUCAGACACACAUGGUUGAGAGAUCUGAGUGCAUCAAUAAGUUUGCUUCUGUUUUUGGAACUAUGCCGCUGAAGGUCGUGGAACACCGUGCAGACCCAGUACUCUAUAAAGACGACUUCCCAGAGAAACUCAAGAGCUUCCCCAACAUCGGCAGCCUCUGACCAGUCUGCAGCAGAUGUCUGGACCUCGUCGCAGCCUGAACCAGUCCAGACUUGCCACAGAUAUUGUCUUUUCUAUCGGAUCAUCAAAUGUCAGACUGCAGCAGCACAAACCCAGACUGUUCAGCACACCCUUAUUAGAUUUUUACGUUGGUUUAUUUUAUGUUUGAUUCCAAUAGAGAAGUUUUUAAUGUCAUUGUCUGAAACUCUUCCUGUUGUUGUUGUGCUGAAUUAAUUUUUAAAAAAGGACAAAAGUACCAAUACAAACAAGAUGCCAAAAAUUCCAAACUGCUUGUGGAAGGACAGAGUCAGAUGUUUGAUAAAUAUGAUUGGAGGCGUGUGGUCCCCUCUGUUACUGUUGUGGAGCUGGAAACAGGUCUCCAGCUGCUCUUGAAUCAGUGUAUACAGUGUAUAUACAGUAUAUAAAUAUAUUGCAGCAGUGCUGUAAAGUAGUCAUAAUUUAUUCUAUUUCAACUAGGAUUUCAAAGGUCUAAUACUUUUUUUUUUUCUUUUUUAGCUGCACUGUACAAAAGAGAAAAAAAGUAAAUGCUUUUUUUAAUUUACAUGAUGCCAUAAAGAAUUCACUGUCAUCAGUGUACACUUUAAAUGAAUGUGAUAAAAUACACAGCAUGGACACUAAGAUAUAAUGUACAGUAAAUGGCUCACUUCGGUUAUUCAAAGUUGGUAUUGUAAAUUGUUUAUUUUUUAACGUGAGGAACUGCUGAUGAAAAGUAUUUCUGAGCUACUGGAACAUCUUGAGUUGUAAUGUUUUCUACCUUUGUGAGUCUAACAAAUUUCCCUUUUAUCCUUCAGCUGGUAAAUAUGAGUGCAAUGUUUUUAUUUUCUUCCUUUUAGAUGUUUAUGAUCAUAAUGCUGUUCUGUAGUUUUCAAACAUUCAGUAUUUUAACUUAUGUUAACAAGGAGAACUGUGUUUUUGGACAUAACAUUUCCCUCUGGCCUUUUUUUUAUUUGCCUUUUUUUUUUUUUUUUUUUACAUCAUUGAAACAGUUUUGAUGUUUUGGCUGAGUUUAUGUACAGUUUGUACAUAUAUAUAUGACUUUGUAAUACAUGACAAAUAAAGAGCGCAUUAACAGCU